GUCAAAGUAAAUUACAUACAUUUGAAUGUCGAAAGUUUUGCUCAAUUAUAAAGAUCAAUUAAAAGACUCCAAGAGGAAGCAUAUAAAGAUGACCAAAUGCGAGAACCUUUUCGCAAAGCAUCCGUAUAUAUUACGCUAUUGUUAAUACUCGAGGCCAUUACUGGAUUAUUGAUUAUAGUCGUAACUGCUGUUUAUCAAUCAAUAUUGUCCAGCUAUUUAGAGGAGUCGGAGCGCCGCUUGCUUUUCAGCUAUCUGUUUAACAUUUACAUCUUUGGAUUCCAACUGGUGGUAACGUUUCUUUGCAGCAUAUCGCUUUGGAAUCGCUUGUGGAGAAGGCGUUGCACACCAAAUAUACGUUUAAUGGUGUCCGUUUGGCUAUUUUAUUCCUGCGUGAUUAUAGCUUCUGGCUUUGGAACGCUUUGGAAUGUUUACGAUAACAUCGAUGUAUUGGAAAGUUCGGCGGAGAGUUCGUUAUACCGUGGCAUUGAUGAAUAUUACACAUGCCCCGAAUGGAAGCUGUUGUGGGACGGCUUGCAACUGCGAAAACAGUGUUGUGGUGUCCACAGCUACAAGGAUUGGAUGAAUGCUGAGUGGAUGCCCAAGCCCGAUGAGAAUUGUACGCAUAGUUCCGCAAAGGUUCUGGCUCCUAUUGCCUGUACGAAGCGAUGUGGUGAUGCGUUCUCAUCGAUUGCGAAUUGCCAAGCCAAUGGAGAGUCGUACUCUAAUGGCAAGCCCAUACCAACACUAACAAUCGAUUCAAUUAACACCAUUGGUUGCCUGCCCGUGUUUUCUGAAAAUUCAUGGAAAUUUUUUUACAUUCUACUUGGACUCACUCUUAUGGCUUUAAAGUUUUUGAUAUUUUUAUGUUGCUUUACCAAAUACAUACUACAGCGCCAGAAUAUUGGCGAUGGCUGUGAUAAUGGGGGCCUCACUGAUGAAGAAGGUCGACCUCUGGUAAUGGUUAAAUAUCCUAGAAAUGUGCGCUGUGUGGUAAUUGGUGAAGAUGAUCUGGCAUCUGAUAUAGCUCCAGAUAUUGCCUAUUGUAAUUGUGAUGAGGCUGCCGGCGAGUCGUGUAAUUAUUGUGAUGGUUAAACGAUAUA